UUCUCUGUACACCAGGCUACUGGAUGGGGCCAGGGAAGCUCUCUCUGACUGGGAUGAAGUACUUGAACUGAAGCUCUCUGCCAGAUUCCUCCCUGUGCAAGCCGUGUGGCUCCCAGCCCCCCACCCCCCAGCCUCCCUCAGGACAUAGGACACGAAGAAAGUAGCAGGUGCCUUGCCCUGAGGAGCCAUGGCUAUGGAAGCUCUCCCCAAGGCCCUGGAAGUUGAUGAGAAGUCUCCAGAGUCCAAAGACCUAUUGCCUAGCCAGACUGCCAGCUCCCUGUGUACCAGUUCCAGAAGUGAGUCUGUCUGGACCACCACUCCCAGGAGUAACUGGGAAAUCUACCGCAAGCCCAUAGUUAUCAUGUCUGUGGGUGGUGCCAUCCUGCUGUUCGGAGUGGUUAUCACCUGCUUGGUCUAUAGUGAUGUUAUUCAAGGCAUGAGCUGUAAAGUCCUUAAGAUGGUAGGCCCUGCCUUUCUGUCGCUGGGACUCAUGAUGCUGGUGUGUGGCCUGGUGUGGGUGCCCAUCAUCAAAAAGAAACAGAAGCAGAGACAGAAGUCAAAUUUCUUCCAGAACCUCAAGAACUUCUUCCUGAAUUGCUGAGGGCAGUUUCACCUACUACUUUCCUUACCACUCUGCCACUUCACCCAGAAGGAUGACGGAUCAUCAACAUGUGAUAUCUCCAUCUCCUUGGUUGUGAAGAUUGACAUUAAACUGCUCCAGGCAAGGCCUCUUCCUGGCACUGUGGGAGAACUCAGGUUCUACCUUCUGUGCAGCCAGAAGUGUUUCUAGAUUCACCUCAGCUAGACUGACGAUUUCUUUCCAUCCUGGAAAUGCCCAUACGUUCUUUAUCUCUUAUUUUCUGCUCAAGCACCUGAACAUCAUUCAUCCAACUCUCUGCUGAGCAUGAUGAGAAAGUCAUUUGGGCUAGGCUAUGCCCCAGGAAGGCCUUACUGUUUACCUGACUGCCUGAGCAAGUGUUCUUACUUGUACCCUUCUAGAACAUUGGCCAACCAACAUAGACCCUUCAUAGAAGGUUGAGAAGGCAGGGUUCUGACCUACCUGGAUCACCAGCCUCAGUUCCCUUGAUUGAGAAAGAUACUCACUUGCUUAUCCAGAAUCAAGACAAGCCACAAGUAUCAAACAUUCCAAAGAGCAGUAUGCAACUUGGGGAAAUCAAUUCUCAAAGGACCUAUCUCCUCGCCUUCUCCAUGUGGUCCUAGGAGUCAUCCAGCUAAAGAUGUUUAAUUCUCAGUUACACCUUAUUUCCACCAGAAACAGUGCCACCCCACCUCAGUCUUCUAACCACCUCUAAACUCUGCCCUCUGAACUUGCCAUUUUUCUAAAGACAAGUGUACAUUGCCUUACUUCCUUUUUCCCCCCACCCCCUCCUCUAGAAAAUCAGAAUGAA